AUGGCUACUAAUAUUACUUGGCAUCCAAAUCUAAGUUACGACGAACGUAAAACCCUAAGGAAACAAGCCGGUUGUACCGUGUGGUUCACCGGGUUGAGUGCUUCCGGUAAGAGUACCAUUGCAUGUGCUCUAGAACAAUUAUUACUACAAAAGGGUUUGUCAGCCUACAGAUUGGAUGGUGACAAUAUCAGAUUUGGUUUGAAUAAAGAUCUUGGUUUUUCUGAGAAGGACCGUAAUGAAAACAUUCGUAGAAUCAGUGAAGUUUCUAAAUUAUUUGCUGAUUCAUGUACCAUCUCAUUGACUUCCUUCAUUUCCCCAUACAGGGCUGAUAGAGAUAGAGCUCGUGAACUUCAUAAGGAAGCUGGUUUGAAAUUCAUUGAAGUCUUUGUCGAUGUUCCAUUGGAUGUCGCAGAACAAAGAGAUCCAAAGGGUCUGUAUAAGAAGGCUAGAGAAGGUGUUAUUAAGGAUUUCACCGGUAUUUCUGCCCCAUAUGAAGCUCCAGAAUCUCCAGAAUUGCAUCUAAGAACUGAUACUAAGACAAUUGAAGAAUGUGCUGCUAUUAUUUACGAGUAUUUAAUUACAGAAAAAAUCAUUCGUAAAGAGGCAUAA